AUGAAGGCGGUCUGCGACUAUGGACGCGAGAAGGGGGUCGGGGUCAUGCUGUUGGAGGACUGUGCCGGGGUCGAGGAUACAGCGGAUGACUACGCCGACCUCACAAUGUUUCUCGACAAUGUCAAGACGACAGGAGUUGUCGGUGUCAAGUUCGACUUUUUCAACAAGUGAGGCAAAUCGCAGACAGUCAUCCCCCCAGCCGCCCUGCUCACGAAAUCCGAGCAGCUCAUUGUCAAGAUGAGCAAGGAGGCUGUCGAGGCGGCCAAGCAGCACGGUGACGCUUUCGUCAAGCUGCCCUUGCUGCCGCCCCUGCUGCCCUGGGGCUACCUGCAGCCCGCCAUCCCCAAGGCCCCAGCGGCCAUGCCAUUCGUUCCCUCAUACAAGCCAUAUGGCGCGGCAUCUCUGGUCACAAAGGGGGAGUCGAUGGUGGUAUUCCCCACUCUACGGCAGAUGACGCCGCCCAGCCUUGGGGUGCCGGUGUAUGGCGGGUCGAGUGAGGCGGUCAACAUGCUGUUUGUCAGGGAGUAUCGGGCCAUCCUCCAUACGAGGGAGAGGGAGGUCGACCUGACCGACGCCUGGCUAGGGAUGUUUGAUGAGUUCAAGACACUGACCAGAAAGGUGACGGUCUACGCCAACUCCUUCCUCAAGGCUGUCGCCGUCAAGGUACUUAUACAGACGAGAUCAGAUCUCUGUGGCAGUCUCUUUCCAUACUCUCUCUCGAUGCCAUUCCUCCUAUAUCGUGAGGUGUCUGCCAAGAGGCCUUCCUUCGACGUUGAGCAGUACAGCGCGUAUGUCGAUCUGGUCGCGAUGUAUGCUUACGGAGACCUCAGACAGGUAGGUGCAGAGAGACAGAGACCUCAGGUGGGAGGCACACAAAACACGCACACGCACCGCCAGCCUUGCACUCGGCAGUGCCCAUCCCUGCAGCUUGACUGUUGGCGCCGCGGGAUGCAGCGACCGACGUCCAUCAUUUAG